AUGUCUCAACUAGAUGCACAAAUGGUUGAUCUUGAUGCUCCACAAACUGUUGAUGUUGAUCUUGAUGUUGAUGAAGGAGAUGAUGAAGAAGUUGUAGAUAAUAAGGGUGGUGGUCAUAGAGUAUCUUGGGAAUGGCAACAUUUUGAUCUAGAGGCCAUAAAAAAGGGUGCUAAGUAUCUAGUGACCAUGCUUAGGGGACACCAUGCUUUUUUGGAUUGCAAAUACUUGCAUUUGAGGUGUUGUGCUCAUAUCAUAAAUCUUGUGGUUAGGGACGGGUUAAAAGAACAUUUUAGUUCCAUCACAAAGAUCCAAAAUGCUAUAAAGUAUGUGAGCUCAUCGGGUGCUAGGUUCGCUACAUUCCUAGAAUGUGUUGAGAAAGUGAAGAUUAAUUGUAGUAAGAAACCAUCUCUUGAUGUUGACACAAGAUAG